AUGAAAGAAUUAAUUUACAAUCGCAGUAAUUCGAAACGUCAACCAAGAGCACAAAAUGGAUUUGUUCUUUUUCGGAAAGAUUUAAAUGCUUUUAUUAAAGAUUCAAAAUUAACGAUCGGUGAUGUUUCACGUCUCGCCUGCAAGCUAUGGAAUGGAAAUCCUUCUUGUAAGUUAUGGGAAAACAUUAAUGUUAAUGAAAUAAAACUUUUUUAUAAUAAACUAGCAGAAAUCGCAAAGAAGGUUCAUGGACGUUCUUUUCCAGGAUACAAAUAUAGCCCAAAACGUAAAAAAUUGCAUUAUGCCAAUUCGCAUUAUGCUAAUUUGCAUUGUUACGAACCAUAUUACUACUCUAAUAGUAGUUAUGUUUUUGAACAAAACCAACGUCCUAUUAAGAAUUUC